AUGGAAGCAGAGAUGUACAGUGAUCCAGUGUCUAGCGAUCUAGGUGCAUCGCUUUACCUGCACGCUGAGCUGCUUCCAAACAUCCGCCAAAUCACCCUUUACAUCUCGCUUGCCCAAAACCUAGCUCUUAAGGGGAUCCGGCCAGAUGUCCAGUUGUCAGAGUCUUGCAAGUCUGUUACAGUCACGUUAACAGCGCCAUUCGAUCAUGUCAGCGAGACAAUUAAGCUGCCGGCACGCGUUAGUGGCGCGACUCGGCGAUCACUGAAUGCCAAUGCAACCCAAACGGCACCCUCCAGGCCGGAGUCUACUAGAUCGAGCCAGGACUACUCACUGAGGAUGCAGAUCGAUCCACAUGAACAGGCUUUGACUCCUAGAGAAGAAUUUACUGAUGACCAUGUGCCCUGGACAGCAGCAGACAUGUCAUCUUCAACUCGCAUUCGGUGCUAUGCGUGUGGAAAUGCGUUCUUGAAUGAAACAAGGCUCCAAGGAUUUGGAGAUGGUAAAGUUCCAGGAAGUGCACAGGGCUGGGUCUGGAAGGACCUCCCGAGCGGAAACUGGGCCGAAAUGAUGGACUUCUGGCACUGCCACAAACCCGAUACCCAUCAGGAUGAUGCUGAAGAUGAAGCGAAUGCAGCUCUCAGGAUAGAGGAAGCAAAUGCUCAAGUUAAAGGCUAUGGAGCGUCGAGUCGCGUAGAAGCGAUUUCUAGCAAUGUUCUCAUCGACGUGGCCACUUUCUUACUUGCAGAGUCGGAUUGCGUGGGAUUGAAACAGUAUGAUGAAGUCGAACCGAAAUCAUCUGGGAAUAUCUCUGCGCAAAGAACCCUCGCUUGUGAAAACUGCAACGCACUUAUCGGAAUGGCAGACCCAUCAGCGAACGGAUGGCGUCUUUUUAAAACCAACGUGUCACUUAACACAAGCAAAAGCGGAGAACCGUGGACAACACACUCAACAGAGAUGAUCGUUGCGGCCCAGCUGCUUGAGCUGAUCGAAAGGGAAAGCGCACGUCGCUUCGUCGUUCAUUGCGGUCAGAAGAGAGGGCUACUGGUAAGUGCAAUCCUCGCUACAGUGACCGCCUAUGUCCUAACCUCUGUCAAGCUUUGGGUCUUCAAUCCAGAUCUGCGGUACUCCAAUUCUAGCUCUGGUCAUACCGUGAACAAUCAACAAGCGAUGAAAGUCCUCUACCAGGAAAAAGAGGACGUUGAUAGCCUGCUUGCUCCUGAGAUUGGACAACCUAGUCCUCUAUCAGUUGAAGAGCUGGAACUUCCCUCGGACAUUUUCCAGACAUUGUCCGAUGCGCUUCUGAGAAGUAGCCAGAUGUUACCAGUCUCAGCACGACGAUUCAAUGAGUGGCAGGUCGGACUGCUGAGUCGAUUCAGUCGUGAAAAAGCAAGUUGA